UCUCAUUUACCAAACCUCUGUCACAGUCUUUCACCGUCUCAGUACUCUGACGUCUCUCGUCAACCACGGGGGGGCUCACUUUCCUCCCUCUCUCUGUCUUCCAUCCUUACCAACCCUCUCCAGCUUACCCCCUCCUCCUUUCAGUGAUCGGGCUACGCAGAGCCACAAAGCCUGCUGUCUGCACCCAGCCUGGUCAGAGUGAAGAUGGUCGGCGGUCCGUGCGCUCGCAGGUUGGCUCGCCGUUCACGGUCUGCCGUGAUAGCGGCGCUCACCGUCUUGCUUGUGCAAACGCUGAUCGUUUGGAACUUCAGCAGCUUAGACUCGGGCGAAGACCGAGAGAACGGCGGCUCCAACAGCCGAGAAAAGCGGGACGGGGUCGGGAGCAGCAGAAACUAUAACCGAGCCGGCAGCGAGUACCGCGGGGAUAAGCAACAACACCAUCCGGCUCCGCAGAGAAAGGGACCCGCUCUACACAAGCAGCAGCCGGAUGGCUAUUACUCUCACCGGCCCAAGGAGAAAGUGCGAGUGGACAGCAACAACGAAAACUCGGUGCCCAAGGACUUUGAGAACAUCGAUAACAGCAACUUCGAAGCACGCUCCCAGCCACAGAAGCAGGUGCUGAGCAAGCACAAGGAGCGGCUGCAACAGAAAUCACAGGCGGAGGAGCGCUGGAAAGAGAACGCCCUGAUCCUGGGUAAGAACUCCAACGAGGUGAUCCAGUAUGGGGAGACCAAAACAGCAAUGACCCUGCCAGGUCGGAACCACAGUAAGACCAACCCCGGGGUUCAGACGAGCCACAGGGCGGUCAAGCUGCAGCCGAGCCCCAGUUACAUGCCUCGCCCGCAUCACCAGCAGCUGCAGCAACAUCAUGGCAAGAAGGGAGCAGCCGGAGCCGUCGCCUCGCCCCAAAUCAAAUACGACCAGCCGCCCAAGUGCGAGAUCAGCGGCAAGGAAGCCAUCUCCGCCCUGUCCCGAGCCAAGACCAAGGAAUGCCGCCAGCGUAUCGCAGAGGUUUACUGCCAGCACAAAGAGAGGCUCCUCAUGCCCGAGAAAGUCAACCGCUUCUGUCCUUUAGAAGGUAAGGCGAAUGUGAACCUGCAGUGGGAUGAUGAAUCCGUGGAGCCCGUGCCCCCAAACCCGGUGCGGAUCGCCUUUGUCAUGGUGGUGCACGGCCGGGCCUCCCGCCAGCUGCAGAGGUUGUUCAAGGCCAUCUACCACGCUGACCACUACUAUUACAUCCACGUGGACCAGCGCUCAAACUAUCUGCACAGACAGGUAGUGGCGAUGGCCAGUCAGUACCCCAACGUGCGGGUCACUCCCUGGCGCAAGUCCACUAUCUGGGGAGGAGCCAGCCUGCUGACCAUGUACCUGCAGAGCAUGAAGGACCUGCUGGACAUGAGCGACUGGAGCUGGGACUUCUUCAUCAACCUGAGUGCGGCCGACUACCCCAUCAGGACAAAUGAUCAGCUGGUGACCUUCCUUUCCAAGUAUAGGGACAUGAAUUUCCUCAAGUCACACGGCAGAGACAACGCUAGGUUUAUCAGGAAACAGGGCCUGGAUCGGCUCUUCUUCGAGUGUGACACACACAUGUGGCGUCUCGGGGAUCGCAAGAUUCCGGAGGGCAUCACCGUGGACGGUGGCUCGGACUGGUUCCUGCUCAACAGGAAGUUUGUGAACUACGUCAUCAACUCCCAGGAUGAUCUGGUGACCAACAUGAAGCGCUUCUACUUCUACACGCUGCUCCCCGCCGAGUCCUUCUUCCAUACGGUUCUGGAGAACAGUCCUCACUGCGAGAGCAUGGUGGACAACAACUUGCGCAUCACCAACUGGAACCGCAAGCUGGGCUGCAAGUGCCAGUACAAGCACAUCGUGGACUGGUGCGGCUGCUCUCCCAACGACUUCAAACCCGCCGACUUCCACCGCUUCCAGCAGACUGCUCGUCCCACAUUCUUCGCCCGGAAGUUCGAGGCGAGUGUGAACCAGGAGAUCGUGACUCAGCUGGACGGGUUCCUGUUCGGCAGCCUGCCCUCCAGCACCCCCGGCCUCAAGGCAUACUGGGAGAAUGUCUUCGACGAGCCUGACGGGGUCCACAGCCUCUCUGACACCAAGCUCACCUACUACCACGCCUUCGCACGCAUGGGGCUGCAGAGAGCCGCCAACUCCUUGCAGGGCGACCCCAACGACAGCAGCUGCAGGUAUUUCCCGAUGGGACACCCCGUGUCAGUCCACCUGUACUUCCUGUCAGACCGUUUCCAAGGUUACCUGGUGAGACACCACGCCACCAACCUGAUGACCAGCAAACUGGAGACGCUGGAGACCUGGGUGAUGCCCAAGAAAGUGUUCAAGAUCGCUAAUCCGCCUAGCAACUUCGGGAGGCUGCAGUUUGCCGAGAUUGGCACGGAGUGGGAUGCCAAGGAGCGCAUUUUCCGGAAUUUCGGGGGGCUGAUGGGCCCGACGGACGAGCCGGUGGGAAUGCAGAAGUGGGGGAAGGGGGCCAACGUGACUGUGACCGUGGUCUGGGUGGAUCCCACCAACGUGAUCGCAGCCACCUACGACAUCCUGAUCGAGGCGAGCGCCGAGUUCACACACUACCGGCCACCGCUCAACCUGCCGCUGCGACCCGGCAUCUGGACUGUCAAGGUGCUGCACCACUGGAGCCCGGUCGCAGAGACGCGCUUCCUCAUCGCCCCGCUCGCCUUCCACAACCACCAGCCCAUCAGACAAGAUGAUGCUUUGAGGCUGCACAACGGACCGGCCAAGAACAGCUACAUGGAGCAGAGCUUCCACGGGCUCAACCCGGUGCUGAACAUCCCGGUGCACCUGGGGCAGGUGGAGGCUGCCAAGCACAAUGCAGGGCUGACCGGCAGCGAGCUGGAGCGCUGGGUGGACGAGCUGGUGGGGGCACACUGGUCUGCAGUGGACGUGUGCUCCGUGGGGCCCAGCGGCUGUCCGGUCAUGCAGGCCUGCAGCCAGACCGUGUGGAGCGCGCUCAGCCCCGACCCCAAAGCCGAGCUUGGGCCAAUCAGAGCAGAUGGUCACCUCAGGUAGCGCCCACUGCUGGACGGGAGGCUCAACUGCUAUUCAUUUUUUAUUGCAACCGUUUUUAUAUAAGUGUAACUGCUUCUUAAAUAACAAAAAAGGAAGGCUGCUAAUAUUAUAUAUUAGUAAUGGUAUUGCCAUUACUUCGGUCAGGCAGCUUUUGAUUUUGUUAUGGAAGUUAAGUCUAGACUGUGAUUUAAAAGGCAAACUAUUUUGAGCCGUUUAGCCGUACCUACCUUCACCUUGUCUUAUUUUAAGUUUCUCAAUCCUAAAUUUGAAGCCAUCCCAAUUGUGCUACUUUGACUUUGUUUCAAAACUUUUGUCCACGUUUCUAUUUCGUAUCACUGGACAUACAAACUGGUAGCAACAUUGUAGUCAUCGUGACCCAAGGGGAUACCCAGUUAGUGAUACUUACUGUGGAAUGCUGCAGCCAGUCACCAUAUUCACACAGUGACCUCACAAUGGGGACACAAAGGUGUUUUAGGGUGCCACUUUGUCUGUGCAAACAUUGCCUUUCUGUUAGUUUUGCUGACACUUUGCUUUGCUUUGCUUGGGAAGCAUAUUGCUGUUCCCACUUUUUUUUCUUUUUCUUUCUUUUGUUACAAAAGAAAAUAAUCUUAUGGCACAAUUAAAGUAAAAAAUAAUAGGAUGUCCAAAUUGUUCUCAAUUUAAUACAGAAAAUAAAACAAAGCGUACUCUCAAUUACCUUAUUUAAACUCAAGCCACUGAUCUUGAAUCCCAAUGUAUUUUUGUGUUUAAAACAUGGAAAAAUACAGAAAGGAGCUGCUUAUUUUAAGUUCAUGGCUGGCAACCAGGCAACCUAUAACUGUACCAUUAUUUCAACAUGUUGACGUCACUGUGGUUAGGAACAUGACAUCGGCUUUAAUGAAGUAUAGCGGCCUUCCUAAAAUGUACUGUACAGUUCAAUCCUUCCUUUUUCUAUUAAAAUAAUAGUAAACAUGAAUUAGAAACUCAGCACAUCUGGAAGCUGAACAGUGCAGCUGCAGAUGUUACAGCUGGGUUUGUUUUUUAUGUUUUUAAGCUUUUUUUGUUUGUUUCGUGGAUACUGCAGGCUGCCUGAAACUUGAAAUAUGGGAUGUCACCUGCGCUGGCAUUCUGGGAAAAAAUAUCAUAACGGUUUUUUUAUUUAUUUUUUUGGCACAACUUAGGGGGAAACAAACAGAAGCAGAGAGAGAGAGUUUGAGCUAUUUAUUUAUAAAUAUGUAUAUUUUUAGUCAAUGACUAAUGAUUACAUGCUGCAUUUGCAGCUUGCUGAAUAUUUUAUCUUUACUAACCACCUGCCUUUAUUUACAAAGGCCUUUGCCCCAACUUACCACAUUCCAUAUCCUCCCAGUCUGUGUCUGGACUGGCUAUCCUUAUGCACGCAGUAUUGAAGAAAUGCACCAUUUUUUUUAUUUAAUUAAUUUUUUUAAAUACAAGCUGAGGAAUCUGGUCCGUAGUUUCCAUUUUGUUUAUGUUGCUGCUUCACCUUCUGUGGCUGGCAGGCAUUACUUCUGCUUGAAUAAACUGCUAACUGUGCCACAGCGAAUACUGUGUGAGCAGGUAGUCCUCAAAUAAUGGAACUGUCUAAUUGAAACACUGAACAGUAUUGAGAUCCACAUGCAUAUAUGUGUUGUAGUGCUAAGCUAGGCUGGAAAUAGUGUUGCAGUGAGACCGUAUCUGUGCUGUACAAUCUGGGAGCUGCUUUAACUGUACCGUGAGAUCCUGUUUUUUUGUAGGAACAUUUUAGUGUCUAACUUUUUUUAAAUUUUUUUUUUUAAUUUAGUCAUCACCAAUGGUUUUUUUACCCCGGUUUUCUCCCCAAUUUGGAAUGCCAUAUUAUUAUUUUUAUCGCAGUUCACCGCUGCAACCCCCUGGCGACUCGGGAAACGGAGGCUGAAACACGCGUCCUCCAAAACUUGUUCCUGCCAAUCCGUCAUUUUUCGCACUGCGGAUCCACAGCGAAGCCACCAGACCCAUAGUGCCGGAGGACAACACGGAUCUGGGUGGCUCCACUGCAGACCCGCAGGUGCCCUAUCAGCCACAGGGGUCGCUGGUGAGCGGUAGUGGAUUGCCCUGGCCAUCCGCCCUGGCUGACCUAAGCUCUUCCUACCCAGGCUGCGCUCGGCCAAUUGUGCGCCACCCCCUAGGAACCCCCGGUCGCGGUCGGCAACGAAAUAGCCUGGAUUCGAACCUGCGAUCUCCAGGACAUAGAGCGCAUCCUGCACUCCACGCAGAGCGCCUUUACUGGAUGCGCCACUCGGGAGCCCCCGUGUCUUUCACUUUUAACAAUAAAAUAUGUUUUUAUGUAUGAUGCUGUUUAAACAAACUGCAAACAUGCUAGAACAGUAAGACUAUUGGAUUCCCCACCUCCUACACUGCAGCCGCGUACCACAGAGCUACUCAAGCCCACUACCUUCCACCAGCAGCCUCAGAAGCUUCUGCAAGCAUAUCUCUACCUCAUCAGCAGCAUACAUUUGUUUUCCUUUUUAUGUAUUUACUUGAAUCACCUGCUCAUUGAUUAAAACAAGGUUUUCUGAAGCCGCGAUGCUCUUAAGGUUUAAGGAUCUCGCUGCGAGAGCUGUGCAAUUAUAGCAGCCCAUCAAUUACAGCUGGCAGAAAACGCAGCUCAGGGACUGAUUGAUAGAGGCGAUUAGCUACUCCACACAUGGCAAUCGCCACCAGAUUCCACUGACGGAGGCAGUCCAGGGAUAUGGGAGCUGAAGGGCUUGUAAGGAGGGGUGGCAGUGUGGUCCAGUGGUUAAAGCUGAAGGACUAGGAGGGAAGGAUGAGCUUAACAGGGUGAUCUUUCGUUGCUGUGAAUACAAAUUUCGUCAAAACCAAGCUAUGUUCCUUACAACUUAGGAUUUAAGAAACAAAAAAUACCAAGACAGUAUAUUUUAUUAUACGCAGCUUUAUAUAUAUAUAUAUAUAUAUAUAUAUAUAUAUAUAUAUAUAUAUAUAUAUAUAUAUAUAUAUAUUCUGUUACAAAAAUGAAGGGCUGCUAAACUUAAUGGCAUGUAUUGGCCAUCCUGAUCCAGCAGUGCUGCUAACAGUACAGAUUUUGUUCUGGUCAUGUCUUUAAAAGAAAAUUGUAAAUGUAAAAAAAUCAAUGCAUUGUAGCACGACAGAGUUCUGUACAUCGCAUACUAACUCCAGCUUAUCUAAAGUCUACCAGCUGUGAAUAUUUGCUGUUUAAUGGUAUUAAACCAGCUGUACGCAUGGAACCGACAGUAGUCAGGUCAAGGGUCUGGUAACUCUUCUCCUAUUCUCUCGGUUUAAAAAAAAAAAUUAAAAGUGGGACUUCAUUUAGGAACCUUUUAAGAUGAAAAAACGUAAUCUGUGAGCAGCACUCAAGGACCAGUUCUGACCUCACCUAAUCAAAGAAAUACUCUUGCAACUAUAGCCCUGACCACUGUGGGGCAGUGUUGGGGCAAAGUGAAUACUGGCAGGCAGCUACUACACCAGUCUUGCCUUUCCCAGCAACAACGGUGCUGUGGAACAGUCAAGAGACCUGUCAACUAUCCUCCUCUGAUUCAUAGUACUGGUUCUAUUGUGUCGAAAUGCAUUUCAACACCUUUUAAUUUGAAUUUCUGCUGUUUAGAAUAAGAAAAAAAUUACCAAAACAAAACCUAGUACUGACCACCCUUUCAUUGGAAUUAAAUAAGAAAAAUAAUCUAAUGUUACUGUAUGUUAUGAUGAAUUAAAGAAUAACUAUUUUGUUAUAAAUAUUAUACAUAAAAAAUGUACAGAAGUAUUUUGUAAUCUAAAGUCUUAAGAAAAAAUUUAAAAAAGAAUACAAAUUGUAAAUACAGUAUGGUUACAAGGCAAAAUAAAAUAUAUGAAUUCCCAGCACAGAACUUGGCACAUUAAAGGAUGUAGAUAUUUUGUAAUUUAUUUAAAGUAAAAAGUAAAGAAAAGAAAUAUUUUAUGAUUCAUUUGACGAGGUAAUAAUUGUUAUAAUGAUGAUUAUGUGCCAUUCUGAGAACCUAACGUCAAACUGCUGUUCCUGUCGCUAGAAUGUUGUUGUGUUUUUUUUGUUGUUUUUUUUUUUGCACUAACUUCUCCAAACUCGUCCCCCCCCCCCCCCCCCCCCCCCCCACCUUCUGUUAGCCGAGAAGAGCGGAGAUUUUGUGCCUUAGCUGUUCUUUCAUCUUGGGAACUCUUGCUUUUAAUGUCUGCAAGCAAAUGUUUGAAUUUAUUUUAUUUCUCCAAGAAAAUAUAUAUAUAUAUAUGUACCAGGAACUUGUAUCAUACCAAAAAACUGCUGUUGUAUAUACAAUGCCUUCUGUUUUACUGCGUGUGUUUUUUUCUUUUGUUUUUUUUGACUGCUGAGUUUUAAAAUAAAAUGAUGAAAUAUCUUU